ACAUUACUGGACUUUUGUUCACUAAUUUGCAGCCUCCAUUUGCAUUGCAUUUGCAUUUCAUUUUCUUCCAUAAUGCAGCAGUCUGCUGCAUCUUUCUUUCCUCCAUUGAAGCAGCUUUAUUGCUGCAUAUUUUGUCCCAUAAAUGCAGCUUAUUGCUGCACCAUUUUGCUGUUUUGUGGUAGCAACUUCACAGCUUUGAUGCCACUGCUUCAACCGACGGAGAAGAUGGAGAGGGGAAGAACAGAGGAAGAGAUGCACAGAGUUUUCCUCUGUUUUCCAUAAUUUUUUAUUUUACAUUUUUUUAUCAAACAAUGAAAACAAAAAAUAGCCAGCAGACUAAUUGGGGCAAAAUGGACAGUUAAAUGAAAAGGAUCUGGCAAU